CUCUGUAGGGGAUGCUCGCAUCCCCUAAACAAAAUAUACGGAGUGAAAAUAUAUCGCGCGAAGAAAAAUAUACAUGUUCUAUUUUCAAAAUUUAAUAAUUGAACUAUAUUUAUAUUAUACAUUAUUUUAUAUUUAUGAAGAAAUAUAGUUUUGGUAAUUAUUAAAGAUAUUAUUAUGGCUUCACCAAAAGAGACCAAGAGUGACGGGUGCGGCAGGUUCCGGAGGUGGUGCAAGAGUCGUCGUUGCCAACUGUGGCGGCUGCUGCUUCUCCCGUUCAUACCGAUCCUGGCGCUAAUCGUCCAGACUACUUUAUCCUUGAGGAGCAGCCUCACAAAUGGAAGGGAAGUAGCUGAUGUUGAGGAACAGGUCAGCAGAGCUACAGAAUUAGGAAAACUUGUAACCAGACUGCAACAGGAGAGGUCAGAAGUGGCAUUUUUUAUCUUCACCAAUGGCAGCACGUUAAGGUCAAACUUAUGGCAACGGUUCUCCGAAACUGAUAGAGCUAUAGAGCAGAUGGGGGAGCUUCCACUGCUAUCUUUCAAGAAUCGUGCCAAGCCAGUUGAUGAGAAGACCUUCAUGACAGAGCUAAAAGAGCUCAGAGCAAGCAUCAAUGAUGGCACGUCGAUGACGGAGGCGGUCGAGUGGUACACGAACGCAAACGCGGCAUUUCUCAGUCACCUCACAAAAGAGAUCAAAGACACCGAUAGUAGCACAAUAUGGAGAUACUUGAUGGGUUUCAAGAAUUUAUUACGAAGUAUAGAGUGCAAAGGCAUCGCUUCUGUAUUGGGAAUUAAUUACUUCGCGCGUGGUUCGCUGCAACCGAGGUCGCACGAAAGGUAUAUAGCUCACAUGGUUCUUGGUAGGGACCUCUUGGACAACACACUGAACCUGGUCCCGUCACUCAUACCACUGCACAAGGAUAUCAAGGAAGACAGCCCGGAGUAUCAGGUUUUGGAGAAGAAAAAUCAACAAAUAGUGGAUAAUAAACAUGAGAAUGGAAGUGUAGCUGAUGCUAUUGAAUAUUUCGAUCAAACAGCUACACUGUUGGACAAAUUGAGAGCAGUUCAAAAACAGCUGAGGGAAUAUAUCAGAGAGGGUGUGACGAAAAGCCUUCAGGAGGCGAGACGUAGUGAAGCGGUGUGCGCGGCCAUACUCGUGCUUGUGUGUGUGGUGUCACCCAUUAUUAUAGCAUUAGUCACCAACGCUGUAAACACUAUACAGGUUUAUGCAAGAAAUCUAUCGGAAAAAGCUCGGGAACUGGAGUAUGAGAAAGAGUUGAGCGACUCACUACUCUAUCAAAUGCUUCCUGCAAGCGUUGCGAAGCAAUUGAAGCAAACACAACAGGUGCCGGCUGAGUUCUUCGCAUCAGUGACCGUUUACUUCAGCGAUAUAGUUGGGUUCACAGCAAUAGCCGCCGUAUCAACGCCUUAUCAGGUGAUAAGUUUCCUCAACUCAGUGUACAAAUUGUUCGACGAACGCAUCGAAUGCUAUGACGUAUACAAGAUAGAAACUAUUGGUGAUUCGUACAUGGUUGCUUCAGGCCUACCCGUCAGAAAUGGCAACAAACAUGCGACUGAAAUAGCGAAUAUGGCUUUGGAACUGCUUGAAGCGACGUCGAUGUGUCGCCUCCCACACCGGCCCGAUCAGACGUUAUGUAUGAGGAGCGGCAUCCACACAGGGCCGUGUGUGGCCGGCAUCGUCGGCACCAAGAUGCCGCGCUACUGUCUGUUCGGAGACACCAUCAAUACCGCCAGCAGGAUGGAAAGCACCGGCGAACCAAUGAAAAUCCAGAUUUCAGAAGACGUAAAGAAAGCACUAGACAAAACUGGGCAGUUCCUGACGACUCCAAGAGGAUUAGUUGACGUUAAGGGCAAAGGCGAAAUGACAACACAUUGGCUAGAGGGCAGGACUGGUCCCUCCCCAGUUAGACCAACAGCGUCCACCCUCUCAUACACACCCAGCUUCCUCGCCAGGAUACACUCACAAGGAAGAUCAGCUUCGCCCAGAUACCAGCCUGAUUCCAAGAGAGACUUUCACUGACUCGUUUAAUCAUUGCAUCAGGAUUAGUGAUGUGCCGAGUCGAAUUUAUAUGGUAUUCGAGUAAUUUGAUACUCGUUAAAAAAAUAAUCGAAUCUUGACUCGAGUCCGAAAACUCAGACAAGUACUCGAAUAUUCGUAUUAUAUAGAUGGAUGUUUAGAUGUAUGGAUUUUUAUUACACAGUCACGCUUCAACGGAUAAACGAAUUUAAAGAAAAUAUGGUAUACGGGGAAGUUAUAUCCUAACUUAACAUAUAGAAUAAUACAUACAUUGACUUACAAAGACAAAGCCAGAGACUCAACAAUCUCAGUGUAAUUCGCAGUACUUUAGUACUUGUCCGAGUAUUCCAGUACUGCAACAAACUCGAGUAAUUUUUCAAUUAAUUUCUGAAGCUUACUUUUAAUAAAUAUUCAAUCAUUUUAUAAUUUUUCCUUUGGUAAUUAAUGAAAAAUUUAUGAUUCAAUUAUACAAAAGAAUUAAAACAUAUAAUAAAUACGCGAAUGGCAUUCGAGUAUCGCAAGUAUUCGAAUACUCGAGUACCUAAGUACAAAUUAUUUAUUCGAGACAGUAUUCGAGUUAACCUGACUCGGUUUAGCAUCACUAGUCAGGAUAAGUGGACAAAGGUUAUAUCUGGCAAAAUUAGAAAAAAUAAACCUGCUGCAUAAACAAAUGGUUUGGCAAAUAAUAAAUCAUCUCAGGAUAUUGAAAACUGUAAUUUAUUCAUUGCCUAAGAAGCGAUAAAGUAUAAGCUAGGUAAUAUACAUAUAUCAAUAUCUAUAUUAUAUAUUUUAGUUACAAAAUCUAUAUACUGAUAUGAUGCUCUCUAAUAGUACAUUACUGCAGCGGCCAGCAACUGAGGCAUUGAUGGACGAUUGUGCAAAUGUGGGCCGAGACGUAGCCGAGGCACACAUACGUGAGUCCAUCAAUGCCUAGUUGUGGCCAAGGCUUGUAUAGUAUUUUUCUCAAACAAUGCGCGGAAAUCGAAAACACAAUUUUACUUUUUAAGUUCAAUGACGAAUAACGAACAAUAAACCACGCGCCAUAAUGUUCCUUUGUUUUUUAUCAAUAAACAGCUUUCUAUUUGCAAACCAGUUCGAAAUUUAAAUAAAACCUUUUAUUAGUUACCUCCUUGGUAGCCAUGUUUCGAAGUAAAAGGUCAUUCCAUUUUUAAAUUACAGGACAGAUAUGAGUUUACAUAGUAAUUUAUCUGGCCGCAAAACACGACAGAUAUGGAUUUUCAUACAACUUUUGCCGACCACUGCCCGCAUGUAUCUGGCCAGUACGGCAAUUUUGAUUUAUCUCGAAGAAGAUUGUUAAAAUAAUGCUUACAUUUCCAAGCAUGUUUGAGAAAAUAUUAUUAACACAUCAAUAAAUUCGAUGAUUUAAUUGAUCUUCAACUGACUUCAAAACCAAGGUUCUCAACUGUGCUUUGUUUUAUUAUGUUUAUUACCUCAACUCUAUCUGGUAUAAACCGUUUUGGGAAAUUCUUUUUUUUUUACUGAUAAAAUAUAUUUACAGACUGGCCCCGUUUUAUCAAAAUCGGUUUAGUAGUUUAGUUUUUAAAUUAAAAUAACUGGUUUUGCUAGUAUUGAAGUCGGUUUUUUAUGGAACGCUAUCUUAAAUAAUUCAUUUAUACUGUUAUUUGAUAUCAACAGACUAUGCAUUUGUUUACAUGUCCAUUAAGUUCUAUUGACACAUACUGUUAGUACCAUAAUUAAUUUUACAGAUUACAAAUACGUAUUAAAACGUGUUAAAAUCAUUACUACUAUUAAACCAUUUAUCAGUUAAUACCUUUGUCCACUUAACGCUUCGAUCAUAAUCGAAUACCAUCAAAUCAACCAAAGACACAGAAGACUAAUGGAAGAGAAUAUGUCGUUGACAUUUUUUAUAUAUAUAGAUGUAGUUAAAUGUACACUCACAAACCGAGCACCUUUACAUUAAGGGAUUCAUCCAUUGAUAUACAAAAAAGCCAAGAUUCCUGCACAAAAGUUACGCUUCAACACCAUCCGGAAUUAAAAUAGAAAAUAGUUGUUAUGGAAACACCGAUAUAUUUUAAAUCCAUUUUCAGUCAUGUGAUAUUUUUACAAAAUUAAUGUAAGGACAUUAAGAACAUUGUACUAUAGUACUAUAGUACAUUGUAGUAUUGUCCUUAGGAAUGAGAACGCAUUAAGAAUAUAGGUAAUAUAAUAUAUAGCAAUAUCUAUAUAUUUAAGUUACAUUGGGAUCGAUUCUGGAGCGAUAUUUCUCUAAAACUACCUGUAAAAUAAAAAAAAAACAAUUUGACAUCACAGCAAAACAUUUAUGCUUUUAGACCCAAAUUGAACUACAUUUCUAAUAGAUUUAAAUUAAAAAUUAUUACAAAUAUACUUUAUGAUUGUCCAGAAAACAGUCAUCGUCAUUAUCAUAUCAGCCUUUAACUGUCCACUGCUGAACAUAAGCUUCCCCCUUGAACAGGUUUUGCUAGUAGUUGCCACAAUUGAGACAGUUUGCACUGCAGUCAGGCUUUGGAGAUGUUUUAAGCGGAACGUUGCUACCCAUCCCUCGCCCUCCCUUAGUCGCCUCUUACAACACUUGCGGAAAAGGAUGGGGUGGCCUAUUCUAAAGUUAUAAAGAAAUAAGUUUAUGAAAAUAGCGUCUCAGAUUCGAGCCCAAUAUCUCAUUCAAUAUCGCCUCAACGGAUAUUUUUUUUUUAUACAACUUAGAAUGGCAAACAAGCUGACGGCCCACCUGAUGGAAAGUGGUACCCGUCGCCUAUAGACAUGAGCACUACUAUAAACAUAUAUAACAUAUAACAGAGUAUACUGUUUCGCCCAUGAUACCCCCCCCCCCAUGCGUUGCCAUUCCUGAGGACUCAGGUAUUGUUCCUCUGUACCCAGUAAAUUCACGCCAAAUCCCAUCCUUCAAACCGAAACACAGCCAUGCAAACACAACUGCUUUAUGGUUGAAACACGAAUGGGACAGAGGUACCCAAGCAAUCGACUUUUGUACAAAGUCUCCCUCUGGCAAAUAUCAAAUAUCUGUUAUGGAUAUGUCAAAUAUCUGUUAUGGAUAUGUCAAAUAUCUGUUAUGGAUAUGUCAAAUAUCUGUUAUUCAAUAUAUAAUAUCGGAAUAAAGAACCCGAUUGAAAUGAAUAUAUAGGUAUUCGAUCGGUAUGAGCGAUAUCAAAAAGUAUGUGAUGAAAAUGAUGACCUUUUUUUCCGCUAUCAAUAUCCAGAGGAGCUCAAUAUAUAGAUAUUGGAACGAUAACGAUAUUACCCAUAUUUAAUGUGAUGUCAAAUUGUUUUUUUUUAAAGCAAAUAAAUAUUUCAUUUCAUUUCAUUUCAUUUCAUUUCAUUUAAUGAGGAGUACCAAUGGGCUUCAGUAUAUUUUGUCUAAUGGCCCCUUAUAUACUAAAAACAUCACUAGCUUAUCAAAAUCGGGUUUUUUCUUGAUGGGUGAAAAUGGAAUGGUAACCCCUCCUGCGUUAACUAAAUACGCUGACGGAGCACCAGUGAAGGUUAAUAGAUGAGAAUGAAAACAGGCCAGUUAGCCCAUCAUGAUGAAUUCAUCAGGAAUUAACCAUGAUAGUUUCCAGGGAGAACCGCGAGAAGGUCGACCUGGUUGGGUAUAUUGCUAGCAAUGGGAUUCUCAGUCUCCAUUACUAACAAUCCCUUUCACCCCUAUUAAAAUCGGGUUAUACAGAGCAAACUCUAUUCUCUAUAUUAAUUCCAAAGAUUAUAUAUGAUAAAAAUGUAAUGAAAUAAAGAUUUGCUUUAAACACACAUUUAACGUAGUAAAGGCCAUGUUUAAUUGCCUUAUAGUCUUGACUUAUAGUCAAUAAUCCUAUUCACCCCCUUUUCCUUUCUCCUCAAGCACUAGCCUAUGGGGUGAAACGCGCUUUAAACAAAUCAUAAUACAAGUUAUUUCGUAAAUCGCUCCAUCCACUUUCACAACUCGUUAUAUUAUCUACCCAGGGAUGUAUUAAUAGAAUUAAUAUUUAUAAGGAUGGAUGCAUUAAUAUUUGUUAUGAAUGAAGAUGAAAUAUUACAUCCAUCUUUGCUAACGGUAUAUAAUGACAGAGCACCAGUAGAGUAAUAAAAUGAUGAGUUACCCUAUCUUAGCAAAUUAACUACAAACUAACUACAAUUGUUUCAAGAAGGUGACCGUGUGGAGGUCGACAUGACAAGGCGUAUUGCUACCAGGGUCUAACAUUCUUAUUAUUAAUAAUUCCUUCCCCCCUGCAUGGAUGUUUGUUACCCAUUCAAAAACCAAUGAAUGAAUUUAUAUGUUUGGUUAUGUCGUAAAUAAGAUCAUAGAAUAUGUUCUGAUUCACGUAAGCAAAACCACGAGAUAUAGCUAAUAUGUCUGCCUAUUAAUCUCGGCAGGAGAUCUAAAAUACUCGUAGUAAAAUAUACAAAUCCUCCUAGAAUUUCUUUCGUAUAACCCUACCAAAAUAAAUAGGCGCGUUGCCAUGAAGACGUAUUUACGUAUUAACACACUAAUACAGUUCCAUCGGACGAUUAAUACGAAAUAAAUCCUAAUGGGAAUUACAUAAGUGGCUAUUUUAGAUCCUAGGUUAUCUGUACAAAUAUUAUAAAUGUAAAAGUACCUUUUAGAGUUUUGUUGUUUUUGUUUACCUUUUAGAAUCUUAACGGCCUAAUAAAUCACUAUGAAGUUACAGGUACUAUAUGGGAUGGAGAAGGAUAUAGCCUACUUUCAAUCCUAGACACGCAUACGAAGUCGCCAAUAAAAACUAGUACGAAAUAAGUCGUAUUAAGAUUUGCAUAUAGCGGCGUUUAUAACUCCCGAUUUCUUAAUGAAGUAGACGUAAUUAUAUGUAGGUAUAAUCAUAAAUAGAUGUAAAAUUAAUGGAAACCGGUGCAAGGAUCACUUUCACUGAAUAUUAUGUGGAAGGAUCGACGACUUUUUUAAUAAUUUAAUAAAUGUUAAUUAUAAUAAAAUUGUUCAUUAAAUUAAAGAUUUAGAAAUAAAUUUGUGAAUGUUGUGUUGUGUUUUACAUUUUUUUUUAUCCCAAUUUGAAUCCGAAAAUAAUGCAACUGCUGAGAAAUCAUAAGUGAUCCGUUAUUUCUUCGACAGACUUAAAAAAAAGAGGUUCUAAAAUCGGUUGUAUUUUUUUUUGUUUUAUGUAUGUUACCUUACAACUCCGUCAGUUUAAACCGAUUUGGGAUUUUUUUUUAUCUGCAAAGAUAUACUUACAGACUGAUGCCAUUGAAAUGUUACCAUAAUCGGUUCAGUUAUUUAGUUUUUAGAUAAAAAUACUCGUUUUAGUAGUUUUUUUUUUUUUUUUUGUGGGACAUAUUCUUUAAUUAUUAAUAAUUGGGUAUAGAAUGGUAUCUCGAACUUGUGUCCCACCAGUAUAUGUGUUAAUUUAUAAAUUUUAUCAAAACUGACACGAACACUCAGGUUAUGGAAUGAGCUCCCUGCCGAGGUUUUCCCAAGAGACUACAGCAUGGCGUUCUUCAAAAGGGGGGUAAAGAGGUUUCUUCAGGGUCGGCAACGCGCGCGUAAUACCUCUGAUAUUGCAGGCGUUCAUAGGCUACGGUAACCGCUUACUAUCAGGUGGGCCGUAUGCUUGUUUGCCACCUCAGUGGUAUAAAAAAAAUCCUGUUAAACCCAUAUUUUUUCUCAGUUGAAACCCAAAUGAAAAGGAGAUUAUCAGUAUUGAGGGUUUAGCUUUUUUUUUAAUGGAUAAUAAUGGAAUGGCAAUCUCGCCCGCGCUAACGGUAUACACAGGCGGUGAACCAGUAAGGGAUGACCGGUGAAAAUGAAAAGGCAAGUCAGUUAGCCCAUCGUGACAAAUACAACUAGAAUUCAACACGAUGGUUUUCAGGGAGGACCAUUUGAAGAGAGACCUGACAGGGUAAUUUGCUAGCAAUGAGACUGGUGGUGUGCAUUACUAACAAUACCCCCCUCCAGGGGGCCCACGUGGAGGUCGACCUGACAAGUUAUAUUACUGACAAUAGGAACUAACAUUCCUAUUACUUUGUGUCCGUCAGUCUAUUUCUAUGUUUGUUAUUUUCACAGCGUAUUUCUGAAGGUCAAAUAUUGAAAUCCAAAAAACAAAUACACGCAUUCCAAGUGUUUACCUACUUCCAAAAUCCAUGCAGACGAAGCUGCAACCAAAUGGUACUAUAUUAAUGAAACAACAUAAAUCAAGAACAUCAA